AUGGAUUCGUCCGGCACCCCUUAUGUUUCUUACUACAGAUCUACGGGAGCAGCAGUUCUCCCUAUCCUUGCCUUUCUGUCCAUUCUGGCGUGCAUUCCCCCGUUGGUUUGGCACUCCCGGACGGGAAAUUUUCCUGCAUCCUGCCUCAUCGCCUGGUUCAUCGUUUUCAACAUCUUCAACUUCAUCAACCCACUUAUCUGGCCCACGGAUGAUGUUAGUCGAUGGUGGAAUGGCGCUGGCCUAUGUGAUGUUGAAACAAAGCUCAUGGCUCCUCUUGGAGCGGGAAUCGCAGGAGCUCUGAACUGCAUCUUUCGAUCGCUUGCAGAUGUCAUGAACACAGAUCGCACCACCCUGAUUCCCAGCAAGGCUCAGCGGAGACGAACUCUUGCUUUUGAAGUAGUCUUUUGUGUGGUUAUCCCCGUCCUGAUGAUGGCGCUCCAUUACAUCGUUCAGCACCGUCGGUAUUACAUUUUCGCGAUUGUAGGAUGCAUGCCUGCCUUUCAUCCAAGUUGGCCAACGACAGCGUUAAUCUUCUCAUGGCCACUGGUUGUUUUAUCCCUAGCUACGAUCUACUGCGGCUUGGCUAUAUACCGACUUUUCAAGUACCGCCAGCAGUUUUCCUACAUCGUUUCCAUCAGCAGCAACUCAAGCAAAUCAAGAUUUAUUCGACUCCUGGCUCUGUCGCUCGUGAUGUUGCUAGGCAGCUUCCCUGUUCAAAUUUACGUUUUCUACUGCAAUAUUACGCUGUCCCAGCCCUGGGUCCCAUACUCCUGGAAUGACGUCCAUGGACCUGCAUGGGGAAAUGUCGAGAAGUUACCAAUGAACGGCGUAGUCUAUUACGACCGUUGGAUCCAAGUCUCCUGCGGCUUUCUAAUCUUUGCUUUCUUUGGUUUCGGAAAAGAUGCAACAUUGAUGUACCGGAAAGUCCUCCUUCAGAUUGGCUUGGGCCGGUGCUUCCCUUCUCUACAACAUCCACAUAUCGUCACCAGCAAAGCCUCUGAUUCAACACGGUUUGGCUCCCUUGGUAGCCGUGUGAAGAUGGUCCCUAAGAAAUAUCAGUCCAUGGAUGACUAUUCACCGACUCUAUGGACUCUAAGAUCUAACUCUGUAUCCACGAACACCAUGACGUCGAUUGACCAUGACCGCCAUCCCUCUAGCAUGGUCAUGAUAAAUAAAACCUUGCCUCUAGCACCCCGCAUCCCAAAGACCGGCCAGCGGGUCUUUAGCAUUGCCCCAGUGGCGGAAAUCGAACUGGAUGACCAUGUGUGUAUCCAUGAAAAGACGCCAGCUUCCUCUCAGGUUUGA